AUGAGUUCGGAUUCCCCUAGUAUUGUGCUCAGAGACCAGAAACAUGUUUACUUGUCUACCAAGGAUGUUGACACUGGUGCUAAGCUCGUUGUUGGAUUCACUUCACCUCUUGAUCCAGAUGAGGCUUUGAGAAUAAGGAGGAAGAUUGAUAGACAUAUCAUGCCUCUGAUGUGUGCUUUGUACGGGAUCCAAUUUAUGGACAAGACAACCUUGGGUUAUGCGUCCAUCCUUGGAAUUCAACGGGCCACGAACUUGACCACGAAUGAGCUUGGCACUGUGUUCUAUCUCAGUUAUCUUCUCUUCGAGUUUCCCCAGAACCUUGCCCUUCAGAAAUUCCCGGUCGGGAAGUGGAUGAGUAUCAAUAUCUUCGUCUGGGCAGUCGCACUUGCAUGUCAUGCAGCAUGCAAGAGCUUUGCUGGGCUUCUUGUUGUGCGCUUGUUGCUGGGCGCUUGUGAGGGGUCGAUCACUGCUGGAUUCUUGAUCGUCAGCUCCAUGUUCUACACACGGACGGAACAAACGCUACGAGUUGGUUAUUGGUUUCUGAUGAAUGGCACUGCACAAGUCGUUACUGGUUUCAUCAGCUUUGGUGUUUUCCAGAUUAACACAAAAGGGUUUGAACCAUGGCAAUGGCUCAUGAUCAUCACUGGUAUGAUAACAGUGAUCCUUGCCAUCUCAUUCUGGUUCUUGUUUCCUGAUUCGCCUACGAACGCCUGGUUCCUUACUCCCGACGAGCGGGCGAAAGCCGUACAGCGCAUCAAGGAGAACCAAACGGGGGUGGAAAACAAACACUUCAAGAUGGAGCAGAUGAUCGAAGCACUGACGGACCCCAAGACAUGGCUCUUCGCCCUCUUCUCGGCUCUAAACAAUGUACCCAACUCAUUAACAAAUCAGCAAUCACUCAUCAUUGCUUCGUUCGGAUUCAGCGUUCUACAGACGACUCUAUUGUCUUGUGUUCCUGGUAUUCUUGAAAUCUUGACAAUCUUUACUGGUGUUCGGCUCGCUGCACAACGGCCCAAUUCCAGAGCCUAUGUUGGUGCUAUGUACUUUGUCCCGUCAUGGUUCGGCAUCUUGUUGGUUAACUUACUUCCUUGGUCCAAUCAGGCUGGACUUCUUGUCGGCCAGUUCCUGGCUGAGACUAGUGUGCCUGGAUUUGUACUAUCGUUAUCGUGGCUCAAUAACGUGACUGCUGGCCAUACGAAGAGGAUUGUUACGAACGCCAUCAUGCUCUCGGCUUAUUGCGUUGGCAACGCAGCUGGCCCCUUGAUGUGGAAGGACCAAUAUAAGCCGCGCAACCACGUCCCAUGGGCUGUGAUCGGCGUAUGCUAUGUGGCCUGUCCGGUGCUUCUUCUUGUUAUCCGUGCUGUUCUUGUCCGAGAGAACCGAAUCCGCGACGCAGAGCCUGAUGACGCCAGUGAGGAAUAUGUUAUCGAGCGAAUCACAGAGGAUGGGAAGCGUGUAGAAGUUAAUAUCGACAAGGAAUUCCUGGAUUUAACAGAUAGGCAGAACAGGGACUUCAGAUAUGUUUUGUAA